AUGAACACAUUAAUUUACUUCCUAAUCUACUACAACUUCUGGUUGACCUUCUGGCUCUCGGCUCAUUACUGUACCAGCAUCACCAAUCUCAGCUAUGGGUUCUUCAUCUGGAUAAAGAGAAUUGUGUCCAAUUUCCUGAGUCACCUUCUAUUCCUGACAGCACUUGGGGUGUUCCCUGUGGGUGUCCUGACUUAUUGGUCUUUCGAAGGAAUAACUCUCCAGACAUCUGAGAACAGUACAGGACACAGGGAAUUCAAUGCCCAUUACCAUGUUAUUGUUUCCUAUUUUGUACCUGCAACCACCCUAGGCUGUAUUCUUCCAUUCUUCCUUAGUCUUCUGUGUCUGGUCCUCACUUCCUCCUUUCUGCUCAGACACGUCUGGAGGGUGAAGAAUAAUGACUCGGGAUCAACACGUCCAAAUCUUCAGGCUCAUGUAAUGGCACUAAGGACAAUCUUCUUCUUACUUCUCAUUUUUACAUUAGUCUGCAUGUCUCAGGUGGGCAUUGUUCAUGAAAAUUACACACUGAUGACAGUCUUUUGGAAUGUGCAAUUAUUAUCUCCAUCGGUGGAGACCGCCGUCAUCUUCCAGGCCAGCAACAAGCUGAGAAGGAUCAUUCUGAGAAGAUUUAGAACCAGAAGCCGGAGGAACACAGAGACUUAA